ACACUUUAACACCAACUACAUGAAUUGGAAGGCGAACCAGUAACUAAAGCAAGCAGGAGAAAAAAAACAAGGAAUCGACCUCUAAAUCCAAAGACUGCGUCACUGCGAGCUUGCGACUCUUAAAUAUCACAGCAAUUACGGCCACAAAUAAGCCCAAAAUGGGCCCUGAAUGCCUCAGUGACGAGUCCUCAACAGGGCACUGGCUGCGCUCAGGGUUACAAUGAUGGCUUGUAAUUGUAAAAAUGAAAAACUAGAUGAGUUUGGGUCUGUAAUUUCCGGUGCCCCACUUGAGCACAGAUGAUGCUUACAAAACCAAAUUCUACAAGUCUCACGAGUACAAAAUCAAUCAACAGGCAACGGACGAGGGACCCACGACUGGGCCGGAACCAGUGAGGCCCAGAGUGGCGUGUAACAGUUCCACUGCGAGAGAACGACUUACACAAGCUGUCAUCGCCUUCAGGAAUGGAGAAAUGCAAUGCUGAUGAUGAGUCACUUCCUAAAGCACAGCUGCUGUACAUGCAGUAAACGUAAAGGUCAGGGCGUGAAGCCUGGACGUAAAGGCAGGUGCUGGAAGGAGCCACAAAUCACAUGAAAAUACAUAAUCACUUAAAACACGGCAGAAUUCUCUUCAUCAGAUCAGACAUUUAUUGAAACCGAAAGUCAGUCUGAUUGAUUAUCUACUUCUUUCUUUUACUUAUUUCUGAAGACGAGGAAACUGAAUACGAUACACGACAGCCGCAUUUAUGACCCAGAACUGUGUGAACCUUCUUUCUUUCCAUUACUCUUGCCUCAUUAUUGUUCCCUCUCAUGCCUUUGACUUAAUGUUCCUUGUCUAAUCUUCUCUGUCCUAUAGUCUUAUUAGAAAAUAUGUUAUCCUCUUCAGCUGCGAAGGAUGUUAUUACUGUCAGACAAUAGCAACGGCUUCCUAAUUUCCAGAGUCACUGAAAGCCUGUGAAAGGUCUUUAAAGGGUGUCUGGACUUUAGAGUAGCUACAGCUCAGAUAUCAUUACUUUAAAAAAACAGCACUUAGACACUCAACCACAAUCUGCCUCAUUUGAAUUUACAAGGCUGUAAAUCAGCCAGUAAUGGAAAAUGAAUGGGCCUUGUGUGUUAUGUGGCUCAGUUCACCCCAAAAGAUGCGCUGGCGCUAAACCUGGGGAAAGUCUGGCGCUGGUGUGGAUGUGAUUAGAAAAUCCCAUCAUGCAAUAAAACAGUCGUGGAAAACACAAACAGGCGCCUCACGUGACCCGCUUCGCUCUUAUCCAUGUGGUUAUACAUUACUUAUAUUGAUUCAAAGGUGACUCGUUAUCUGAGGGACGUGUCUAUAAAUGCUGCUAAUAUCACUCAAGUUUAUUUCCAAACUGCGACGAUGCUGAUCUCUGUGGGACUGAGCCUAAUGUUGCUGCUCUCAGACGUGGAGGCAGCAACAGAGAGAGCGGAGUAUGACUACUACAAAUACCACCCCAUGCCCGAGAUCACCAGCUGGAUGGCGCAGCUUGCGGAGGAUCACCCUGUUGUGACUCUCAUUAACUACGGUCAGACGUAUGAGAAGAGGCCUAUUAACCUGCUCAAGAUCGGUUUGGACUCAGAGCAGAGGAAGAAAGCGGUGUGGAUGGACUGUGGCAUUCACGCCAGGGAAUGGAUCGCCCCAGCGUUCUGCCAGUACUUCAUCAACCAGAUCCUUCAAACAUACAAAACGGACCCCACCGUGAAUCAGAUGAUGAAGAACCUGGACUUCUACGUGACUCCGGUGCUCAACGUGGACGGAUACGUCUACUCCUGGAAGGACAACACAACUCGGCUGUGGAGGAAGAACAGGUCGCCGGGACCUCCAGGCUGCAGCUGCUACGGCACUGACCUCAACCGCAACUUUGACGCCAACUGGGGAACGAUCGGCGUAUCGACCAACUGCUGCUCAAUAACCUACGGUGGGACCAAAGCCCUCUCUGAGCCCGAGGCCCAGGCCGUCACCAACUUCCUGGCCAAGCAGAAGGACGACUUCCUGUGUUUCCUCACCAUCCACUCCUACGGCCAGCUGCUGCUCGUUCCCUACGGACACCCCAAUUUUACCGCCCCCAACUACGACGAGCUGAUGAAGGUUGGUUUGGCUGCAGCAGAUGAGAUCAGGAAGGCCCACGGUAUGAACUACAGGGUGGGAUCCUCACCGGACAUUUUAUAUCCUAACUCGGGCUCGUCCAGAGACUGGGCUCGGCUGGUGGGAAUCCCCUUCACCUACACCUUUGAGCUCAGAGACAACGGCACGUUCGAAUUCGAGCUGCCCGAGGCUCAGAUCCAGCCGACCUGCGAGGAAGCCUACAGAGGAGCCAUGCACAUCAUCACCUACGUCCACGAGAAGACCUUCAACGGCGCCGUGGCCACCGCUGCUGCGGCGCUGUGGACGCUGCUGCUUGCAGCGGGGGCCACCGUGACCCCCAGCCUGAUGUGAGGCGGAAAAACCCCUCCACAUGUCAUCAUAUGGAGGACAGUCUUUCCCAAGAUGUUUGUAUAAAAUAUAAAUUUGAUAUGAGUAGCAUGAAUUAACUGUAUAAAACGGUACAAAACGUUCUUCAAUAAGGAACAAAGCCAAUUGAAACAUAAAGUAUAAUCUUCCAUAAAUGGCACACAAUGGUGAAUUGUAGAGUUAUUUGUUUACUUCCAGUAAAUCACAUUAUAUAAUUUAACAGUAUUCUGAAAAUAGGAAAGUUUGGCCUUAAAUCCCUGAAAUAAAAAUAAAAGGAGUUUGACUGGG